AUGGAGAGCAGCACCAGCAGUCCUCAGCCCCCGCCGUCCGAUCCCUUGGAUCCUUUUCCCCAGAGGAGCCUGGAGCCAGGUGACAUUGCAGUGCUGGUCCUGUACUUCCUCUUUGUCCUGGCUGUUGGACUAUGGUCCACAGUGAAGACCAAAAGAGACACAGUGAAAGGCUACUUCCUGGCUGGAGGGGACAUGGUGUGGUGGCCGGUGGGGGCCUCCUUGUUCGCCAGCAACGUUGGGAGUGGGCACUUCGUGGGCCUGGCAGGGUCAGGCGCUGCAACAGGAAUUUCCGUAGCUGCUUACGAGCUUAAUGGCAUGUUUUCCGUGCUGAUGUUGGCCUGGAUUUUCCUCCCUAUCUACAUCGCGGGCCAGGUCACCACGAUGCCGGAAUACCUGCGGAGGCGCUUCGGCGGCAGCAGGAUCGCCAUCACCCUGGCCGUCCUCUACCUGUUCAUCUACAUCUUCACCAAGAUCUCGGUGGACAUGUAUGCCGGCGCCAUCUUUAUUCAGCAGUCCUUGCACCUGGAUCUGUACCUGUCCGUAGUCGGGCUGUUGGCCGUCACAGCGCUGUACACUGUUGCAGGUGGCCUGGCCGCUGUGAUCUACACCGAUGCCCUGCAGACCCUGAUCAUGCUGGUCGGAGCGCUCACCUUGAUGGGCUACAGUUUUGCUGCAGUUGGCGGCAUGGAAGGCCUGCAGGAGAAGUACUUCCUGGCCCUGCCCAGCAACCUGAGUGAGAACAGCAGCUGCGGGCUGCCCCGGGAAGACGCCUUCCAUCUCUUCCGCGAUCCGCUGACGUCCGAUCUGCCAUGGCCCGGGAUCCUGUUCGGGAUGUCCAUCCCAUCCCUGUGGUACUGGUGCACCGACCAGGUGAUCGUCCAGCGGAGUCUGGCCGCCAAGAACCUGUCCCACGCCAAAGGAGGUUCUCUGAUGGCCGCCUACCUGAAGGUGCUGCCCCUUUUCAUCAUGGUGUUCCCUGGGAUGGUCAGCCGCAUCCUCUUCCCAGAUCAAGUGGCUUGUGCAGACCCAGAAAUCUGCCAGAGGGUCUGCAACAACCCCUCCGGCUGUUCCGACAUUGCCUAUCCCAAGCUGGUGCUGGAACUCCUGCCCACAGGACUCCGUGGGCUCAUGAUGGCCGUGAUGGUGGCUGCGCUCAUGUCCUCCCUCACCUCCAUCUUUAACAGUGCCAGCACCAUCUUCACCAUGGACCUCUGGAACCACGUCCGGCCUCGGGCAUCCGAGAAGGAGCUCAUGAUUGUGGGCAGGGUAUUUGUGCUGCUGCUGGUGUUGGUCUCUGUGCUCUGGAUCCCUGUGGUCCAGGCCAGCCAGGGAGGCCAACUGUUUGUCUAUAUCCAGGCCAUCAGCUCCUACCUGCAGCCGCCCGUGGCCAUGGUCUUCGUCUUGGGGUGCUUCUGGAAGCGGGCCAAUGAAAAGGGCGCCUUCUGGGGCCUGGUCUUGGGCCUGCUCCUGGGCUUCAUCAGGCUGAUCCUGGACUUCAUUUACGUGGAGCCUGCCUGCCACCAGCCCGACGAGCGCCCCUCUGUGGUAAAAAACGUCCACUACCUCUACUUCUCCAUGAUCCUGUCUUCGGUCACUGUGCUCACUGUGACGGUCAUGAGCCUGCUCACAGAGCCACCCUCCAAGGAGAUGAUCAGCCGCCUGACCUGGUUCACUCGCGGCGACCCCGUGGUCCAGAAGGCACAGGUGCCAGCAGCCACGCCCCUGCCGCCUGCCCUGUCUCACAACGGGACCGCGGAAGCCAACAGCGCCAGCAUCCAGCUGGAGAUGAUCCAGGAAAGCGCAUCCAAAGCCCACAGCAGUGAUGUGACCCCGAAGCAGUCCAGAGUGGUGCGAGCCCUGCUGUGGCUCUGUGGGAUGGAGGGCAAGGGCACGGAGCAGGCCCCGAGGCCAGCGGAGCCCGUCUUAGCUUCCGUGGAAGAAAACCCCGUGGUGAAGACCCUCCUGGACGUCAACUGCCUGCUGUGCAUCUGCUGUGCCUUCUUCCUCUGGGGCUACUUCGCCUAG